AUGGAUUCCAAGAAUGACAUCGUUGAAGUCGAGAACAAGCUACACUCUCCGGGCGCUGUCGAAUCCGCCUCCGAACAUGUCGACAUCAACCACAACGUAAAUGCCAAGAUCCAAAACCCUCUUUUCGGGCUUUCUCGUCAUGAGCUCAUGGCCCGCGUCGACCAGUUUUGUGACAACCACGGUAUGAACGAUGACAAGGUGGUGUUCCAGAAGGCCGCGCUCCUCGCCCAGAAUCCUCACAAGUUUGAGAGCUAUUCUGAGCUCACUGAGGAGGAAAAAGUCGCCAUCCGUCGCGAAACAACUCACAAGUGGUCUCACCCUCGUGGCCUCCUCAUGACCGUUGUCAUGGCGUCCGUCGGCGCCGCUGUACAGGGUUGGGACCAGACUGGCGCGAACGGUGCCAAUCUGUCAUUCCCUGUCGAGUUUGGCAUUAGCGAUGCCGCAGGCGCUCCGAAUGCGGCACGUAACCAGUGGAUCGUAGGAGUCAUCAAUGGCGCGCCUUACCUCUUCGGCGCCCUCGUCGGCGGCUGGCUCAACGAUCCUGUCAAUCACUAUUUCGGUCGCCGUGGUGCCAUCUUUAUCGCUGCGAUAUUUGCUAUACUCAGUCCUAUCGGAUCAGCCGUGAGCCAAACAUGGGUCCAACUCCUCGUCUGCCGUUGCCUUCUUGGUCUCGCGAUGAGUCUUAAGGCCUCCACUACCCCUGUGUUUACCAGUGAGAACGUUCCAGCCAAUGUGCGCGGGGGCAUGGUCAUGUCCUGGCAGUUGUGGUGUGCCGGCGGAAUUCUGCUCGGGUUCUCGGCCAACCUGGCUGUUUACCAAGUUGGUCCCAUUGCUUGGCGCCUCGAGAUGGGCUCGGCUUGUAUCCCCGCCCUUCCCCUUCUCUUCAUCUACCUUUGCCCGGAAUCGCCUCGUUGGCUCAUGAAGAAGGGUCGGUACCAGGACGCUUUCAAAUCUAUGCUCCGGCUGCGCAAUACCCCCCUCCAGGCCGCACGCGACAUGUUUUACACGUACGCCCAGUUGGAGGAAGAAUACCGCGCUAUCCAGUCCACCAACUACGUAAAGCGCGUCAGCGAGCUCGUCACCAUCCCCCGCGUCCGCCGGGCCACAUUUGCCUCAGCCAUCGUAAUGCUUGCUCAGCAAAUCGAUGCUGGAUACAGCACGAAGAGCUCCCUCCUUGCCUCGUGGGGCUUCGGUCUUGUUAACUUUGCGUUUGCCUUCCCUGCCAUCUUUACCAUUGACUCUUUCGGUCGCCGUAACCUCCUCUUGGCCACGUUCCCCAACAUGGCCUGGUCUCUGUUGGCGACUGGGUUGUGUUUCCUCCUUCCCAACGAAUCAGCUGCAAAAGUGCCCCUAAUUGCGGUCUUUAUCUACAUCUUUGCGGCUUUUUACUCGGUCGGUGAGGGUCCGGUGCCCUAUGUGUACUCUGCCGAGGUGUUCCCGUUGACUCAUCGUGAGAUGGGAAUGGCCUGGGCAGUCUCGGUUUGCCUCUUUUUCGGCGGCGUGCUUGGUCUUACCUUCCCCCGAAUGGUGGGCGCACUGGGCCACGUUGGUGCAUUUGGCUUUUACGCAGGUCUUAACGUGACAGCGUUUAUCUUCAUCUUCCUGUUCCUACCGGAGACCAAGCAGUUCACCCUAGAGGAACUCGACUACAUCUUUGGCGUUCCGAUGACUCAACAUGCCAAGUACCAGACCAACACCUGGCUUCCCCACAAGUUCAAAAAGUAUGUUCUUCGUCAAAAGGGACACCAGAUUGAGCCACUGUACCACUUGGAGGAGAUCCAGGGGAUAGAGAGGCAAGACGACUACGGCAUCCGCCAUGUCGCUGCCGGCCAUUAG